AUGUCUGGUUUUCUGAAUGAAGCUGUGACCCCUUGUCCGUGGAAGUCGGGGUCUGCAAGAUUCAGCGAGCACAAUAGUGGAAGUGACACUUUUGAUAGCCUGUUGGACGAGACACCUUUUGAGAACACAGGAGAGAUCGAGUUCACAACCGAAGUACGCGCACCGGUUUUGACGGGUACGCGUCCCCGACGCGCGAAUAAGACAAAACCAACAUUCCAUAUCCGCGAAGAAAGUGAAGAUGCGUCUGUGGGUCGCGAAAAGCGACGACGAACUGCUGAAGUCACCAAGUCAUCAGUAGGCCGCAAGUCGUCGCUGCUUGCUCAGCCAGCUCAACGAUUCCGCCCAAACGUCAGCUUUACUCAGGAGACGAAAGAGGAGAUGCUGGCACAGCCCAAGGCUUCAGGUGUUGGGGCCAGAAAUAAGAACAAAUCCUCGACAAUACUUGGUGACAAGGAUCCAAACAAAAAAUCUGCGGGAGACCCUCUGAAAAAAGGUGUUCGGCGCAACACUGUCUACAUCCCUCCUGAUGACACUACGGUCCCCAGGGUGUUCAUGGGUCUCUUCAGUCCAGUCAAACAACAAUCUGGGGCUUUCAAGUCACACACAUCGGAAAACACUGAAAUUAAUAGCUUUGAGUCACAAAUUGCCAAACGCCAGGCACGGAAGUCUUUGGCGGCGUCUGCGCGACGAGCACCACUGCAGCAAAACUUAAAGGUUCCCCAGGUGGAUCCAGCAGCACCUGAUAUCCCUGGAACCGGUGGCGGCAAAGAGAAUCUACCACCUGGGAAGUUUACGCUACCUAAGGAUAAAGACCCCAAAUCCAACGAUAUUCCAUCAAAGCCAAGGGUCACUCGACGCAGAGCGACAAACGCCACUACAAACCUAACCCCCGCAACUAAACAACCUCGAUCCACGACAGUUGCCACCGCAAAUCAAACAACAAUCAGGCACAGAGGGGGACAAAAGGAGCCACUGAGAAGAGUGGCAUUUGGUGAAACACAAGGAAAUGCUGACAAGGCUCCCAAGGAGCAGGUGAAACGCGCAGUGCCUCUCGGUGCCCGAGCAACUCCUUUGCCAGACAGGCUGGGUGACUCUAAGUCAUCUCAGAAUCUCUGGAUUGAUCACAUCAAUUCCACGCUCAGGGAAGCGAAUCAUCGGUUCUCGUUGCUUGCAGAACAUAUUGCGGAGCCAGCUUUAUACGAGGACAAUUGGCUGUCGCACCAGGAGACUGUAAUUGGUCAGCUUGUCAAUGGACUAUUUGAAUAUUCGGAUCCCAAGUUGACCAGCUACGAUGCCAAUGCUCUUCGACUUGACCUGCUCAAUAUCUACCACACCAAACCGUUUGUAGGUCUCUACAAACGCCUCCAAGGCUCCUUGUCUUGUGGUGCUCUGAGGAUCCCCACGGAAACCCUCACUCGAGGUACACGGCUCCAUCAAGACCUUGGUGUCAAAAGAAGAUUCCUGGAUAUCUGGAUCCAAUCUUAUGAUCUCCGUGCAUUGGUUCCAGCCUUGGAGACUGUCGUUGGUCGGCAAAUCUCCGACGAUUCGACUUGGCUUGUGGAUGGCCUCAAAGACGGUCCAGGAAGUGCAUCUUCGAAGAAAAUGGUCAUCAGAACAGUGGAAGAAUUCUUGAAAACAUUUUUGCUUCGCAAUGAAGAUAUUGAACAACCCACAACCAGCUUCAAUGAUCAUACGGUUGAAAGGAAUGCAAAGAUUUACCACCGUGUUGUUCUGCGAAGCAUCAUGCUUGUUGCCCUGUUGGACAAAGGCAAAGAGUGUCUUGGGGCUACUUUUCCUCGCCGGCUUUUUCAGCCCUCUUCUGACUCCAAAUCUUCCGCUGAUGUCUUCCGAGCUUUGCUGCGCCUACUGGUUCCAUCUUGUGGUGAUAUCAAUAGGCUGCUUGUCCACCUGAACUGCCAAUUAUCUCACAAGCAGCAUCAGUUGCAAGAGUACAAUUACAAGAUCAACACCAUGGCCGUCGAUUUCCGAGAUGGCGUACGGCUGGCUCGUAUUGUCGAGCUUCUUCUCCUCUUGCCACAGCAUCUGCAAUCUGACCCAGAUGCACCUACUCAGGUCUCUCUGCCUACUGGCGAAAUCUUUUCACUGACCGAGGGCCACCCCGACUUACCUCUGUCCCAGCAUUUGAAAUUCCCUUGUGUGAGCCAUGCAGUCAAGAUCUUCAAUGUCCGCCUUGUCCUUGGAGCUCUGGCCUCCCAAAAUGGUGCGGCCUCGGUUCUUGAUAACAUUCAAGCCGAGGACAUUGUACUUGGCUACCGCGAAAAGACCAUCGCCCUGUUGUGGGCUUUACUCAGCAAAUGGGGGCUUGCAGGCCUUGUUGACUGGGAUGAUGUCCGCAAGGAAAUUACCCGCCUCAAGCGCAAGACUGUUGCCCAGCUUGGCUAUGAAGCAGUCAAAGAUGAAGCUUGGUUCUUGGAUAAGGAAUCACUUGGAGACGAACAUUCAGGCCUUCUACAGCAAUGGGCAGGCAUUCUAGCAGCCUUGCAAGGACUUCGUGUAAACAACCUGACCACAAGUUUCGCGAAUGGAAAGGUCUACGGGAGCAUCAUGGACGAAUAUGAACCAUACAUUGCUGGGGGUAUCAGCGAAAGUGAUACACCAAAUCUCCGUUUCAGCUCCAUGUCAUUGGAGUCGCGUCUCAAGCAAUUGGGAUGCAGCUCGCAAUUUGCAUGCCUUGUUGCCCCAGGUACAACAUCACACAUCCUGAACUGCGAUACGACCCUUGCUGCGCUGGCGUUCCUCUGCUCCCGCAUGCUUUCCGCAUCCAAACGUGCCCGAGCUGCCACAGCUAUCCAAGGCGUUUGGCGCUCCCACAUGGCAAGGAAAAUGCAGCACCGGCGUGAGGUCGCUCGGGAUCUCGCAGAGAACUGUGCCGCCGUUGUUCAAGGCCGGACGGAGAUCCUGGGGGCAGCAGAGGUCAUCACCCGGUGGUGGCGGGAGAUCAAAUCCCGCAAGCAGCGAGAGCAGACCCUGCAACGCAAGGCUUUGCACAAGUCUUCUGGUCGCCAGAGCCUCGGGGUUCGGGGCCUUCGUCGGCUCUAA